AUGCCGCAAUCAUCCUCAACUCGUACUCACGACUUGAGGAAUGCAACCCCGACUUGUUCAAGGCUUUGUCCAGGUCCGUCGUGCAAACAGAGCCGAGAAGUUUCCAAGUGCAUCACCUUAGCCCGCCUCGUCAUGAAUGCGUUCGCGAAGUGCCUGGUGCGCAAGAGCCAGACGAUGCACGUGCUCGGCGACAUUCUGGCAUCAAGGACCGCCGAGCUCAGCCCGCAGAAUGUGACUAACAUUGUUCAUGCAUUCUCCAGGUUGUCCUGCUACAAUGUUCGCUUGUUUCAGAACCUGGUCACCCGGGUGUCCUCCGAAGACUUGAAAGCUUACAAGCUCUACGAACUUGGGGUGCUUUGCCACAACUUGGCAAAGCUGCGAUCUGGCGGCCCGACGGUCUACGCUGCCAUGUUCGGGGAGUUGGCAAGGCGACCUGCAGAGGACUGGGAGCCCAAGGCGGUGGCACAGGUGCUAGACGCUAUGAGACGUCGAAGCGCAUUCAGUCACGAGCAGCUGCUGGUUUUGCUGUUCCGAUGCUUCUUCGGCAACUUGGAUGCUUAUCCAGUGCAUCCGUUGACUCAGGCAUCCUGGUGCUUCGUUGAGUUGGAUGCCUUGAACCUCGCGAAAGACUUGUGUCCAGAUUUGCCCAGCGACGAGUCAACUCAAGGCUUCCCAGAGGGGCGCUUUGCCAUGAGAAGGGUCUUCGAAAGGCUGGAGGACCUCAAUGCCCGCAACACCUUCACGCCCACUCAGAGAUGCCAUGUCCAGCAGCUGAUCCGGGCGUACAGGUAUCGCUUCGAGUUGGACUACGGCUUGAUGCCCCAGAAGGUAAAAUCCUUCUGCAAGUCACAGUUUGACAUCUCAAACUCUGUGGCGCUGCCCUCAGAAGAUCUCAGGCAGACGUCGCUUGAAAAUCGUCCCAUCCUGGGCACAUGGCUGUCAGAACCUGAGCUGAAGGUGGCCUUGGUACUCGUAAGCUUCAUUUCCCUCGGCACUUCGCUUCGCUUCAUUACCGGUUGGCUGCAAGUUGCAGCCCAGUUCAAUCAAAGCCAAGGCGGACGCAUCCAAGAGCUUCAAGAAAAGUUUUACCAACUCAAGGCUUCGAUAGAUGAUUCCGAGGAGGCUGAUCCAGAGGUUCUGAACACCUUGCACAGUAUUGAGCAGCAGAUGGAGGAGCUGAAAGAGGGAAAUCAGAACUUGGAAGAGGCAAAGCAGCAGCUGGAGAGGUCUCGCGAAAGCCUUGAUGCCGCCGAUGCAGCCUGGACGGCCACCUGCUUUGCCCUGGCAACACAAUCGCUGGGGUUUACCAGAGAGAUCAUGAGCAGCUUCGAGCGUCUUGUGGCCAACGACUUGCCACCUGAAGAGGCUGCAGAGCUGAAGCUGUAUCGCAUGGUCAACGUGUGCAUCCACAAGCGAGCAGAAGGAGGUGAGACGUCUGAACUUGCGCUCGAUCUGGUGAAGCAAGUCAUGGCGGCCAUGAAGAGAGGCAAAAGGCCACCGAAGAUGCCAAGAGAAUGGGCGGACGACGCAGACAGCGAAGACGCCGCCACCCAGGUGCGAGAGCAGUCUGACAAGCUCUGGGACCUCAUGCGAGCGCAG